AGCAUCCAAGACCCUCUAUACACUACAAUCUGCAGCCUACGGGCACUUCGGAAAAAUUAAAGUGGAAUUGGCACAGGGAUACCUUCACCCUGGCCGGUAACAAGUGAAAAUCCAUCGUGGAGAUAAAUAUAUGAAGGAGGUCUCUUAUUUAUACAUUGGGAUUAUUGAAUCCGGUAAUGAUAGUUGAUUCCCCGGCUGCCUUAAAGCGAAGGAGGUUCAGUAUUGUCGAUCCCAUGGAAGCUGAUUCUGCUAAGGCGAAGCUUGCAGCUGCAAAGGAAAAACUUGGCCGUGAAAUCCGCAUCUUUCAAACAAUAACCGAAUCUGCAGCUUCAAGUGAUAUCUCUCAAGAUGGGCAACCUAGUGAAGAAUCGGAGGACUACUAUGAGUUUACAGCUGAUGAUUAUUUUCGUCUAGUGGCAACAAAGAAGAAAGACACAUACUUGAAGACUCGGAAAUUAAGAGAAGCAGAAGAAGCUGCACGCAGAUCAAAAUUAACCAAGGCUGUAAUCAGAGUGCGGUUUCCUGAUAAUGUCACGCUGGAGGCAUCAUUUCAUUCAUCAGAGACGAUCCAGGACUUGGUUGACCUUCUUGUGAAAGCCGUUCUUAGACCAGAUUUGCCUUUCUAUUUAUAUACUACUCCUCCCAAGAAGCAGAUAAAAGACAUGUCCCAGGAUUUUUACUCUGCUGGUUUUGUUCCUGGCGCAAUUGUGUACUUCUCAUAUAACCUACCAAAUGGUGGUGAUGAGGGUGCCCCUGGGCAGCACUACCUUCAAGAAGAGAUAAUGUCUUUGCAAAAUUUGGAAUCUUCUGCAAUAACAAAGCAGGAGGAUGAAGUGGUUCCCGAGCCGCAGCCUUCAGUAGCCAUCAACGACCCCACUCCUUCCCAAGAGAAAAAACCUGCUGAUAAAAAGAACAUAAAGCCAAAGUGGUUAAAGAUGUAAUACAGAUUUCAGCUAUCAACAACAACAGCAGCAGCAGCAACAACAUAUCUUUGCCAAUUUAAAAGCACCCAUCUCUCUCCUUGUAACUGAUGUCGGUGAAAAAAGCAACAGAUCUUUUCCAUUAGUGUGCUGGAUAGAUGGAUAUAUGUGUUAUCAUGUUUUUCUCUAGUCUAUCUUUCAUUUCGUGGCGGUAUCUAACUUGCAUUGGUCUGUGCUUGUGCUAUUUCCCUUUGGUUAUUCUACGUUUGGUUGCCUGCGUUGGUUCACCAUGAGUCAGGAGUCCCUCGGAGAGAACACCUCCCAUAAUAAAAUGGUGAGGUGACGUGUGACACUGCGUGCUGGCCUUUUUGGAUUCAUUUUUUUUCAGAUUCGAUUUCUCGCAACUACGCUACCUGUAACAGUGUGCUGCUAUGGGCAGCCUAUUUAAGUGCUAAAAAGGGCUCACGGAGAGGGUAGUAGGUUAUUGAUCAUCGACAAAGUCAAGUACCUUACUGGCUUAAUACAUGCCCUACAAGUUCUUCAUAAGUAUCAAACAGAUGAUUUGCAUCUCUAAUAAACAUAUCUACCCAAUCAAAGUAGGAAAUUACCCAGGAAUAGGAGUACUACUAAAUACUAAUCUGUAGACUAGCGUGCACUAAAGCAAUAGAUGUAGUAUUGCUAUUGUAAAGUACAAUAAUACUACGUAUUUUAGAUUCUAGAAUUUAGAUAAUUAUUGUUGGAGUAUAUUCUUAAUUUCUUAUCACUUUGCAGACUUAUACCACCGCAGCUUAUUAACGAAGUAUACUGAUUUGUUACUCCU